GUAAUCUUGCUUACACUUUCGACUGAAUUCUAGACCCGCUCUCGCUGCUUCAUCGCUCUAAGGCUCGGAGGAACUUGGUUGGCUCCGGUGGAAAAUUAGGUCUCCGAACUACUAGGAAUAGAAUUGUGGCGAUAUCGGGUAUGGGAUUCAAAGUAGACCAUCAACACAAUAAGUGGGAUGUUGACAAAGGAGUUAAGGAAGGGAGUACAGGAGAAGAGAAGAGAAGAAGCCAACAGUUGUAUAGAGAAGCUGGUAUUGAUGGCCCGAGUAUGAUUCAAUUAGUUGUUUGUGAAUGUGACAACUAUGGAGGACCUACUAACGAUUCAUUCCCAAUGGGUUUAUAAAUAAUCGUUGAUUUCUUCUUUGAUAUAAGAGACAAUUCGACAGCAUUCCCCCUUUUCUAUUUACUUCUCAAUCUUGACUUCACUCCAACUUCACUCCACAUUCACUUCAUUUCUUCCUCGCAAAUCAUCUAUCACACAAGGUGCAUGCUUCUGGAUUAGUCACCUCCUACGUAUUUACCCAAAGAGUGACUUCUCCACUUAUUUGACCCCACCAUAUGACGCCGGAGGGGUGAAGUUAGAAACCGAACUUCUGUCUCAACAACAUAAAAAACCUUUCAACCUCUUUCUCACUCGAAAAUCCAUCAUACCACUUUCAUAUUACUUCCUUUUUAACAACUUUCAAACAAGAUACCCCCAAAACAACCACAUAUUAUAAUCAUGCCUUCUUCAUUAGAUCAACUCAAAGCUUCUGGCACCACCGUUGUCUCUGACUCUGGUGACUUUGCUUCCAUUGCCAAAUACCAACCACAAGAUGCCACCACCAACCCAUCGUUGAUCCUCGCUGCCUCCAAAAAGGCCGAAUACGCCAAGCUCAUCGAUACCGCAGUCGCAUACGGAAAGGAGGUCGAAGGUGACCUCGAAAAGAAGACUGACGCCACUCUCGAUCGUCUUCUCGUCGAGUUCGGUAAAGAAAUCUUGAAGGUCGUUCCAGGAAAGGUUUCAACUGAGGUUGAUGCUCGUUUCUCUUUCGACACCAAGGCCACCAUCAACAAGGCCCUUAGAAUUAUCGACCUUUACAAGGAGCAAGGUAUCGAUAAGUCCCGCAUCUUGAUUAAGAUCGCUUCCACCUGGGAAGGUAUCCAAGCCGCCCGUGUCCUCCAACGCGACCACGGAAUCAACUGCAACCUUACCCUCCUCUUCUCCAAAUCCCAAGCCGUUGCUUGUGCCGAAGCCGGUGCUUUCCUCAUCUCUCCAUUCGUCGGCCGUAUCCUCGAUUGGUACAAGGCCUCCACCGGAAAGACCUACUCCGCCCAAGAAGACCCAGGAGUCGAGUCCGUCAAGGCUAUCUUCGACUACUACAAGAAGUUCGGAUACAAGACCAUUGUUAUGGGAGCUUCUUUCCGUAACGUUGGUGAAAUCACUGAGCUUGCCGGAUGUGAUUACCUCACCAUCUCACCAAACUUGUUGGAGGAUUUGAUGAACUCUGAAGAGGCCGUCCCUAAGAAGUUGGUCGCUGAGAACGCUAGCAGCUUGGAUAUCGAGAAAUUGACCUACAUUGAUGAUGAGGCUGAGUUCAGAUUUGCAUUCAACGAGGAUGCCAUGGCUGUUGAGAAGUUGAGAGAAGGUAUCAGCAAGUUUGCUGCUGAUGCCGUUACCUUGAAGGAUAUCUUGAAGGCUAAGUUGCAAUAAAUUGCUUUUGAGUCUCGGGGUUUGGUAGUUGAUUUUAUAGUUAUUGAUUGUCACGGAGGUCAAAAUUGAAAGACCGGAUGAAGUACGACUUGUAUUUAUGCGUGGCUAGACAUGAUUUUAAACAAAUGAAACGAUUUGAUGAUUAAUUAAUUAUUUUCA